AUUCGUGAGGACUAGGCAGGAAAGAGAGGGAGAUUAGGAGUGUCUGGGUGGGUGGGAUUGAAGGUGAUGGGGAGGAAGAGGAGAUAGAGAGAUAGACUGAUAGAGAGGGAGAGAGGGGGUUUGUUUGUUGUUUUGUGUUUGGCUCAUCAUCACUCUUGAAGUAAGGAUGUCCACAGAGACCUGAAUUCAUUACUCGAGUCACAUCUACAGAUUCUCUCUCUCUCUCUUUCACUCUUUCUCUCUGUUUUUGUUGAGUACACCUGGAUCCAGAGAGUGGCAUGUUGCUCUGGAUGGGAAGUGAGACAGUGGGGCGAGAGUAAGAGGAGGAUGGCGUACACACAGUUGGAACCCAUCAAUGAGGGUCUUCUGUCCAGACUGUCUGACUUCCUGUUGUGUCGCUGGUCGUGCCGCUCCUGUUGGCAGUGGUGCUGGGAGUGCAGCUGCUGUCAGUCCACUGAUGAAGAGGUGGAGAUCCUGGGGCCUUUCCCAGCUCAGACUCCAUCGUGGCUUGUCAAUGAAUGCAAUGAUGAGAAAGGCACAAAUUCUCACAUUGUGGCUGAGAACCAUGCUUCACCUAAUCAAACAGACACCACAACAAACGGCAGGCCGACCCCCUCAGAAACAUCCCGGUCCACCUUCACCCUGGCAAACCAGCUCUCCACAGGUCUGAACGCCCGACGGCCAAGCUCCCCCGUGGUGGACGUAAAGCCGAUUGAAUUUUGGGCCAUGGGACCCCGGAAGGAAGUGGUGCAGCCCCUUCGUAAGCCCCCGACACCGCCAGAUGACUACUUUCGUAAACUGGAGCCACGUCUGUAUUCUCUGGACUCCUGCAGCGAUGAUGUUGACUCUCUGACAGAUGAGGAGAUCCUGGGCCGCUACCAGCUGGGCAUGCUGCACUUCAGCACACAGUACGAUCUCAUCAACCCUCACCUCAUCGUGCGAGUCAUUGAGGCCCGGGACCUGCCCCCUCCCGUAACAUGCGACGGUGCACGCCAAGACAUGGCCCACUCAAACCCCUACGUGAAGAUGAGCCUGCUGCCCGACCACAAGAACUCCAGGCAGACCGGUGUUAAACGCAAGACCCAGAACCCAGUUUUUGAAGAGCGCUUCACUUUUGAGGUCCCCUUCCUGGAGGCCCAGAGACGCACCCUGUUGCUCUCCGUGGUCGACUUUGACAAGUUUUCACGACACUGCGUCAUCGGGAAAGUGUCUCUUCCUCUUAGUGAGGUUGAUCUAGUGAAGGGAGGACACUGGUGGAAGGCCCUGGUGCCCAGCUCUCAGAAUGAGGUUGAGCUGGGUGAGCUUCUUCUGUCCUUAAACUACCUGCCCAGUGCUGGCAGGUUAAAUGUGGACAUCAUCCGAGCAAAACAGCUGCUUCAGACAGACAUGUGCCAAGGCUCAGACCCUUUUGUUAAGGUGCAGUUGGUGACAGGUCUUAAGCUGAUGAAGAGCAAGAAAACGUCCUGUAUGAGGGGCACCAUUGACCCCUGCUACAACGAGUCCUUUAGCUUCCGUGUACCUCAAGAGGAGCUGUGUGAAGUCAGUCUUGUGUUCACAGUUUACGGGCAUAACGUGAAGAGCAGCAACGAUUUUGUUGGGCGCAUUGUGAUUGGCCAGUUCUCCACCGGGCCGCAGGAAAGCACACAUUGGCGCCGGCUCCUGGGCUCUCAGCGCACGGCGGUGGAACAGUGGCACAGCCUGCGCUCCCGUGCCGAGUGUGACCGCGUCUCUCCGGCUUCGCUCGAGGUCACAUAAUGCUACCACCGUACAGGCACUGCAGAUAGACAUCUAUGGUAAAGAACUUCAACCUGACUACUUCAAACACAAACAUCUGGGAGUGUCCCCACGUUUUUGUGUGUAGUUUUAUUAAUAUGAAACCUCAACUAAUAGAAUAGUGGGCUCUGUCUUGGUGUUAUUUGUGCUCACUCUCCCUUACAUUACUAUAAUGGGGAGCUGUAGACGGUAGAAAAGACCUCUGUUUAUGAUGACGAGCAGAAGCCUGCUGUCCAUGUUUUCUUUCUAUCACAUUGAUACUAUCUUACAUGGGAGCUCAAUAAUCUCAUCAUCAUCUGAUCCUCGGCUGCGUUCAUGCUGCUCAGGUGUCCAGAGGAAGAGCGGCUGUAAGGCUUGGGCCGUUAAGACCAUGCCUAACCACUUGGUUUGGUCUGCAGUGUUUUAAUAAUCAUAUUGUUUCUUUUUUCAGACUACAGUAUGAUUGCACUUUUUGAAGUAGCUGGAAAUCUGUGGCAACACAGUUGGUCAUUUUCAUUUUUAAGCCAAAGCUUGGUUUGGUUGUGUUUUGUGACCCGUAUCACUGUUCUUCAUGCACAUAUUGAUCUUUGAUUGUGUUUAAGUGUUUGUGAGUGUGCGUUCGGUAAAUGUUUGCACUUACGGCAGCUGAGGUCUACAGAAACCCUAAGAGGCCAUGCAUUAUUUUAUAUAUUUACGUAUUUUUGUUUUUUGUGAUUUUUCUGUAUCUUGUUAGUGUUCUUCAUGUCAUCUCUCUAUCAUCACAAAUGUUUUAAAAAAAAAAAUGAGCAUGUUUAUUUAGCAAGGAUGCAAUCGGUUAAUCGAAGACGUUUUCAAAAAUCAUAUAUAUAUAUAUAUAUAUAUAUAUAUAUAUAUAUAUAUAUAUAUAUAUAUAUAUAUAUAUACAAUACAUACAAACACAGAUUAUUUUUUAGAUCACAAGAAAAUUGACAAAAAUGACCAAAUAUUUAAAUAAUAAUAUAUAGCUUCUUAAGGCUUCUGUAGAGGUUUGUAUCCCUUUGUAAAUGUAUUAGUGUUAGUGUCUGCACAUGUGAACAUUUCUCUCACAGCCAUGCCAAGAAGGUGCAGACACAUGCAUUUCUCUUUACGCUGUUGCCUUCACUCCACGCUUUUGCCAAGUUCCGUUCAUGUACUGUAUUAUCAUUAUCUCGGAGCUGUAUUUUGUCUCAAAUCUCUGUCAGUCUAUGAUGUAAGCCUAAGUAGGAUAUGUUUGGGAGGAAAAAUGUACUUAGCAUAAAAUCAAGUGCAAUCAGAAACAUUACUGUAUCUGUCUUCUUAAUCUUUCUUCUGUGGUUAGGUCAGUUGUAUGUUUCCGCCAGUGUCAAUGUUAGUGUAGAUGAUUCCAAAUGAUUAGAGCGCUGAUAUUAAUACGUAUUAAUAAUAAUGAAGCUGUGCCAGUGAAGAUAUGUAUUUAUUUAUUUAUUUAUUCAGAUUUGAAAAAAGCAUAUAAUAAUAGCUAUAUAAUUAUCUCUAAAACAUAUCUGUAUAUAUUUAUAACUUAAAUUGUGUACGAAGAAUUGAACAAAGCAUGUUGCAAUAUAAAUGAAACAGAAUUUAGAUGAAUCAUGAUAAAUAAAAAAAAAGUUGAAAUUACUUCGCUGACAGAAAGAUUUUGGUUUCAAGGGUGACUGUCUUCAUUAUAUUCUAAACAAAAAUGUUUAGUCCACUGUCUCCCUGUCUGCUUUGAAACGUUUGAUGAUGAGCAGAAUCCCUUUAAAGGUCUCUUUUACAGAGAUUGUAAUGUGUGAAUCAAUCAGAGACAUGCAUUAAGUGAGGAAAGUGUAUUUUGGUUGUUUCAUAAUGCAUUAAAGUGGUGUUUAUUACUGGA